AGACGACAAAGAAGGAGCGAUCAGCUGACUGAAGCCAAUCGGACAGAAGUAAACAUAUUAAGCAUUAUUGUACAUCACAGUCGUCAGCCUGAAUCCACUUUACAUCCCAAGAAAAGAGGAAAAGAACAUGGCGCUGAUAACAGCCAACUGGAAUCCGCUGGGAGAAGCUUUUUACCGUAAAACGGAACUGUACGAGAUGAGUUGGAACCUGAGAGACGGACUCAAAGACUGCUUGGUGGCGGCGGCACCUUACGGCGGGCCUAUAGCUCUCCUCAGAGAACCUUUGAGACGUUCUCCAAGUUGCCGUCCUCAGCUGGAGAUUUAUUCUGCUUCCGGACUUGUGAUUGCCAGUUUUCCGUGGAAGAGCGGUCCUCUCAUUCAGCUGGGUUGGACCGUCUGUGAUGAGCUGCUGUGCGUACAAGAAGAUGGUUCGGUUCUGAUCUACGACCUGUUUGGAUCCUUCAAGAGACACUUCAGCAUGGGACAGGAAGUGGUCCAGUCUCAGGCCUUAGAAGCCAAAGUGUUCCAUUCUCCUUAUGGGACGGGCGUUGCCAUAGUAACAGGCUCUUUUCGCUUCACCUUGGUGACCAACAUCAAUGAUCUGAAACUGAGGAGGUUACCCACAGUCCCAGGCCUGCAGGUGGCGCCGUCCUGCUGGACUGUUCUCACUCAGGACCGCCAGACCAAAGUCUUACUGGCCACUGGGGCAGAACUCUACAUCCUGGACAACACGUCCUGCACGGCUGUGUGUCCUCCAGGUCUCAGUCCUCAAUCGGGCAACGUGGUCAAUAUGGCUGUGUCCUUCAGUUACAAAUACCUGGCUCUCUUCACCGAUGGUGGACACCUGUGGACGGGCUACUCCAGCCUUCAGGACAACCUGAGUGAAGCCGACACCAAAGUCAGGACCCCACCCAAACAGAUGGUCUGGUGUCGCAGGUCAAAAUCCCAGCAGCCAUCUGUGGUUAUGGUGUGGGAUCGGCUCCUCCUGGUGGUGGGACUGUGUAAUGACAUCAUCCAAUUCCCUUUGGAAAGUCCGUGUGUGUGCGUUGGAGAGCUGGACGGCGUUCGAAUCAUCAGCGGAGCCAAUCAGGAGCUGCUGCAGGAGGUUCCGCUUGUGUGUCAGGACAUCUUCAAGAUCGCCUCCAUGGCACCUGGAGCUCUGCUGCUGGAGGCCCACCGUGAGUAUGAGAAGUCCAGUCAAAAGGCUGAUGAGUACCUGCGUGAAGUCAAGGAGCAAAGCAUGCUGGGAGAGGCUGUCAGGCAGUGUGUGGAGGCAGCAGGACAUGAAUACGACCCCAGUACCCAGAAAUCCCUGCUACGGGCGGCGUCCUUCGGUAAAUGUUUCCUGCCAGACUUCAGUCCCGAGCACUUUGUGUCGACGUGUCGAGAGCUGCGUGUGCUGAAUGCUGUCAGAGAGCGCAGUGUGGGUCUGCCACUCACACACACUCAAUUCAAACAGAUCACCCUGCAGGUGCUGAUUGACAGGUUGGUGUACCGUCAAAUGUAUCCGUUAGCUAUAGAAAUCUGCCGUUACCUGAAGAUUCCAGAUUAUCAGGGUGUCAGCAGAGUCCUCAAGCACUGGGCCGCCUGCAAGGUGCAGCAGAAGGACCUAUCAGACGAGGCCAUAGCCAGGGCGGUGUGUGUGAAGGUGGGAGACUCUCCUGGAGUGUCGUACUCGCACAUUGCUUCCAAAGCGUAUGAAUGUGGGCGCACGGAGCUCACCAUUAAGCUGUUGGACUCGGAGGCUCGGUCCGGCGAGCAAGUUCCUCUUCUGCUGAAGAUGAAGAGGAGUCAGCUGGCUCUCAGUAAAGCCGUGGAGAGCGGAGAUACCGACCUGGUGUACACUGUAGUCACUUACUUGAAGAACGAGAUGAACAGAGGAGAUUUCUUCAUGACUCUAAGAAACCAGCCUGUCGCUCUGAGUCUCUACAGACAGUUCUGUAAAGUGCAGGAACAGGAAACGCUGAGGGAUCUUUACAACCAGGAUGACGACCAUCAGGAGCUGGCCAACUAUUACGUGUCCGCCAGCUACAGAGAGAAGAGGCUAGACAGCCGUCUGUCGCUGCUUCAGAGCGCCGUAGAUGAAUUCAACAAAGCCAAAAACGACUUUGCUGCCAAGGCAACCGAAGACGACAUACGUCUGCUGCGUUUCCAGAAGAAGCUGGAUGAUGAGAAAGGGGCGGGGCUUCUGGGCCUGUCACUGCAGGUUACCAUGGAAACUCUGCUGGUGUUGGGACUUUACAAGCAGACGGAUCAACUUUACAGAGACUUCAAAGUACCUGACAAAAGGUACUGGUGGUUGAAGGUGAAGUCCCUGGCAGAGAAAGAGGAGUGGGAAGAAUUGGAGAAGUUCUCCAAGAGUAAGAAGUCUCCUAUUGGCUACCUGGCCUUUGUGGAGGCGUGCAUGAAGAGGAACAACAAGCACGAAGCCAGGAAGUAUCUUUCCCGAGUCGCACCAGAGCAGAAGGUCAAAGCUCACCUGGCCGUGGGCGACCUGGAGGGGGCGGCAGACGCGGCCAUCGAGCGGAGGAACGAGUCGGAAAUGGCAUCCGUUGCGGCGAGAUGCUCCCCCUCCGACCGCUUGUUGGCGGAACGGUUACAUCGAGCCAAAAUGUCCGCCGGCAAAAAGUGAUGGAUCACAUUGCUUCAUCACUCGUGUUUGUCUGGAAAAAGAAGGAUGAUGUAAUAGUUGACGAGGCAGGAAGUGCUGACUGGUGGAUUAUAGAUUAUCUUUACAGCUCAGACCUUUAGCUGCGUGGCUAGCGCUCAUUCAUACCACUACUACUACUACUACUAGUAGUACUACUAGUACAGUAAUACACAUUCUCCAAAGCUGCUGACUACAAAGCAGACAAGUGCAUUGAAAACAUUCAGUGUUGAAUAAAAUAAAACAUGCUGUACGUGCACAUGCUUGCAGAUUAUUAGGAUUAUUAUUAUGCAUGCUGAUGAUUGGACACCAUGUGACGUGACUGCUUUUGUUAUUAUUAUUAUUGUUUGACCUGCGGCACCUUCUAAAUGUAUCAUUUAAGAAGAAAAAAUACAGCAACAAUGGAAAAAUUAGCAGUCAUUUUACAAGAAUAAAGUCCAAAUAUGAAUAACAAAAAUCAUAUUAGUCAUCAUUUGGUGUGAAUGUCACAAUCAUGAGGGAACGUGACGUCAUUUUAGGAGCAUCAAAUUGUAAUAUGACACAAGUAGUACCUUAUUUUUCCUCAUCAUAUGACCAGUUUAUUCUUUUUUGUCCUCUUAAAGAUGUGACUGUUUCCUCCUCGUAUUUUCACUUUUCCAUUUCUUCUGGGGUUUUUUUUUAUGUUCCAACUAUUUCAUCUUCUUGUAAAUUCUCUUCAUGUAUUUACAACUUUAUUCUCAUCAUGUAACUUUUUCUGCAACCUAAUUUUCCAAAAAUGCCAAUUUUAUUUAGUUUUCUUUCUCAUAGUAUGAUGAGUGUUAAAAAUAGCAUAUUUCUUGUUGAAUAUUUCAACUUUAUUUUCCCCUCAUAUUAUUCUUGUAAAAUGACAUCUUUUUCUCAGAUUAAAAUUUCUUCCACUUAAUAUUUUGACUAUUCUUGUAAUGUAAUGUAAUUUUCUAACUAUUUCUACUUUUUUCUUAGAAAUUUUCUUCCUGUAUUUAUGACUUUUUCUGCAACCUCCAUCCAUCCAUCCAUCUUCUACCGCUUAUCCGAGAUCGGGUCGCGGGGUCAACAGCCUAAGCAGGGAGGCCCAGAUUUUCCUCUCCCCGGCCACUUCGUCCAGCUCCUCCCGGCGGAUCCCGAGGCGUUCCCAGGCCAGUUGGGAAACAUAGUCUCUCCAACGUGUCCUGGGUCUUCCCCGAGGCCUUUUACCGGUCGGACUUGCCCUGAACACCUCCCCAGGGAGGCGUCCGGGAGGCAUCCUGUCCAGAUGCCCAAGCCACCUCAUCUGGCUCCUCUCAAUGCGGAGGAGCAGCGGUUCUACUCCGAGUCUCUCCCGGAUGACAGUGCUUCUCACCCUAUCUCUAAGGGAGAGCCCAGCCACCCUACGGAGAAAACUCAUUUCGGCCGCUUGUACCCGCGAUCUUGUCCUUUCGGUCAUUACCCAAAGCUCAUGACCAUAGGUGAGGGUAGGAACGUAGAUCGACCAGUAAAUUGAGAGCUUUGCCUUUUGGCUUAGCUCUCUCUUCACCACAACAGACUGAUGUAGAGUCUGCAUCACUGCAGACGCCGCACCAAUUCGCUUAUCGAUCUCGCGUUCCAUCCUUCCCUCACUCGUGAAUAAGACCCCAAGGUACCUAAACUCCUCCACUUGGGGCAGGAUCUUAUCCUGACAUGGAGAUGGCAUUCCACCUUUUUCCGGGCGAGAACCAUGGACUCGGACUUGGAGGUGCUGAUUCUCAUCCCGGCCGCUUCGCACUCGGCUGCGAACCGAUCCAGUGAAAGCAGGACCACAUCAUCUGCAAAAAGCAGAGACUCAAUCCUGCAGCCACCAAACCGGAACCCCUCAACGCCCUGGCUGCGCCUAGAAAUUCUGUCCAUAAAAAUAAUGAACAGAAUUGGUGACAAAGGGCAGCCCUGGCGGAGUCCAACCUUCACUGGAAACAGGUCCGACUUACUGCCGGCAAUGCGAACCAAACUCUGACACCGGUCAUACAGGGAACGAACAGCUUGAAUUAGCUGGUCCGAUACCCCAUACUCCCGGAGUACUCCCCACAAAAUUCCUCGAGGAACACGGUCGAAUGCCUUCUCCAAGUCCACAAAACACAUGUAGACUGGUUGGGCAAACUCCCAUGCACCCUCAAGGACCCUGCUGAGAGUGUAGAGCUGGUCCACAGUUCCACGACCAGGACGAAAACCACACUGCUCCUCCUGAAUCUGAGAUUGAACUGUCCGGCGGAUCCUCCUCUGCAGAACCCCUGAAUAGACCUUACCAGGGAGGCUGAGGAGUGUGAUUCCACGAUAGUUGGAACACACCCUCCGGUCCCCCUCCUUAAAAAGGGGAACCACCACCCCGGUCUGCCAAUGCAGAGACACUGCCCCCGAUGUCCACGCGAUGCUGCAGAGUCGUGUCAACCAAGACAUGCCUACAGCAUCCAUGGCCUUAAGGAACUCUGGGCGGAUCUCAUCCACCCCCAGGGCCCUGCCACCGAGGAGCUUUUUGACAACCUCAGCCCCAGAGAUAGGAGAGCCCACCGUGGAGUCCCCAGGCUCUGCUUCCUCAUAGGAAGACGUGUCGGUGGGAUUGAGGAGGUCUUCGAAGUAUUCUUUCCACCAAUCCACAACAUCCCGAGUUGAGGUCAGCAGCACACCAUCCCCACCAUACACGGUGUUGACUGUGCACUGCUUCCCCCUCCUGAGACGCCGAAUGGUGGUCCAGAAUCUCUUCGAAGCCGUCCGGAAGUCGUUCUCCAUGGCUUCUCCGAACUCCUCCCAUGUCCGAGUUUUUGCCUCAGCGACUGCCAGAGCCACAGACCGCUUGGCCUGCCGAUACCUGUCAGCUGCUUCCGGAGUCCCAUGAGCCAAAAAGGCCCGAUAGGACUCCUUCUUCAUCUUGACGGCAUCCCUCACCACUGGUGUCCACCAACGGGUUCUGGGAUUACCGCCACGACAGGCACCAACCACCUUACGGCCACAGCUCCGAUCAGCUGGAAGUGCGGCCUAGGGUGUCCUGGUGCCAAGUGCACAUGUGGACACCCUUAUGCUUGAACAUUGUGUUUGUUAUCGACAAUCUGUGACGAGCACAGAAGUCCAAUAACAAAGCACCGCUCGGGUUCAGAUCAGGGGGGCCGUUCCUCCCAAUCACGCCUCUCCAGGUCUCACUGUCGCUGCCAACGUGAGCAUUGAAGUCCCCCAGCAGAACAAGGGAAUCGCCUGAGGGAGCACUCUCCAGUACUUCCUCUAGAGACUCCAAAAAAGGUGGGUAUUCUGAACUGCUGUUUGGCGCAUACGCACAAACAACAGUCAGGACCCGUCCCCCCACUCGAAGGCGGAGGGAAACUACCCUCUCGUUCACCGGGUUAAACUCCAACAAGCCGGCCACAAGCCGGGGCGCAACAAGAAUUGCCACCCCUGCCCGUCGCCUCUCACUGCUGGCAACGCCAGAGUGGAACAAGGUCCAACCCCUCUCAAGAGGACUGGUUCCAGAGCCCUUGCUGUGCGUUGAGGUGAGUCCGACUAUAUCUAGCCGGAACUUCUCAACCUCAUGCACCAGCUCAGGCUCUUUCCCUACCAGAGAGGUGACAUUCCAUGUCCCUAGAGCUAGUUUCUGUAGCUGAGGAUUGGACCGCCAAGGUCCCCGCCUUCGGCUGUCACCCAGCUCACUCUGCACCCGACCCCUUUGGCCCCUCCCAUGAGUGGUGAGCUCAUUGGAGGGGGGACCCAUGUUGUCUCUUCGGGCUGUGCCCGGCCGGGCCCCAUGGGCGUAGGCCCGGCCACCAGACGCUCGCCAUCGUGCCCCUCCUCCAGGCCUGGCUCCAGAGGGGGGCCCCGGUGACCCGUGUCCGGGCAAGGGAAAACGUGGUCCAAUGUUUUUUGUCAUCAUAGAGGUCUAUUGAGCUACUCUUUGUCUGCAACCUUGUUUUUCCAAAAAUGUCACAUUUGCUUUGUCAUCAUAUUACAACCUUUAAACCCCCCCCACAUUUUUUCUUGAAUAUUUCAACUUUAUGCUACUAAAAGGCGGUCGGUAUGAGGUUUCAUACCGACCGCUAUCAGGCUCUACAACACCUGCACCACCUGAACCAUGUUGCAGUCAAUAUGUAUUCUUUACUUACGUAUCUUGCUUGCUGCUGUAACAAGGGAAUGUAGUCAAGAUGUGAGUGGUAAGAUGGCGUCUCUGUGGCUUCAGCGGCUUGCACUCCGGCGUGCGAUGUAUGGGCUAUCCAGAUAUAUAAUACAGAUCAGUGAGUCUCACCACGCAGGGGUCCACGUCAGUCUUAAAAGUCCGCCACGUUUGGCACUUGUGAGUGCACCUACCUGAACCCGUAGCCCUCUCUUACAGCACCAAGCCAUGCACAAGCACGUGCAUGAGGCGUACUCAAUAAGCAUGCGUUAGUGUAACCAAUGAGUAAUUAAAACAGUCCUGAUAGCAGUUUACUAUCAAUCCAGAUUUAAUUAUUUGCUGGACUGAAAUGCAUCUCUUCUUUUGCUUUACAAACUGGAACUUAGCAAACAUAACAUGCAUGGACAAAACAUCAAAAUAUAACACACAA